UGCUGGGCUGAGCCGGAGGGGGCCGCGGUAAUAACAUUCUCCUCCUCCUCCACCACCUUCUUCUUCUUCUUCCUCCUUCCUUUCUUUCGCCUGGAGGCUCUCCAGAAAAAAAAAAAAAAGAGUUUCUCCGAGCCGGCCGCUCUCGCAGGCUGACGAGGCAGGGGCGCCACUCGCGUUCCAGACUCUGCUUAAAUGGAAGCCACUUCUGGGAACUUGACGGUCUCUACUGACAUAGGCUUUGCAUAGCCACUGUACCACCCCAGAGAUUGCAAUGAGUGGAGGAGGGGAACAGCCGGAUAUUCUUACUGUGGGGAUAUUGGUAAAAGAAAGAUGGAAAGUGAUAAAGAAGAUUGGAGGUGGAGGAUUUGGAGAAAUUUACGAUGCAAUGGACAUACUUACUCGAGAGAACGUUGCACUGAAGGUUGAGUCAGCGCAGCAGCCAAAGCAAGUUCUGAAAAUGGAAGUAGCUGUGUUGAAAAAAUUGCAAGGGAAGGAUCAUAUUUGUCGAUUCGUAGGCUGUGGAAGGAAUGACAGAUUUAAUUAUGUGGUCAUGCAAUUGCAGGGGCGGAAUUUGGCAGAUUUGCGUCGAAGCCAAACUAGAGGGACUUUCACAAUUAGUACAACAUUGCGUCUUGGGAAGCAAAUUCUGGAGUCUAUUGAGAGCAUUCAUUUGGUGGGAUUUUUACACAGAGAUAUUAAACCAUCUAAUUUUGCUAUGGGACGCUUUCCUAGUACUUGGAGGAAGUGUUAUAUGCUGGAUUUUGGCUUGGCACGUCAGUUUACAAACUCAUGUGGGGAUGUCAGACCACCCCGAGCUGUUGCCGGUUUUAGAGGUACAGUGCGGUAUGCAUCAGUCAAUGCUCACAGAAAUAGAGAGAUGGGACGUCAUGAUGAUCUUUGGUCUUUAUUUUAUAUGUUGGUGGAGUUCGUUGUUGGACAACUGCCCUGGAGGAAAAUUAAAGACAAGGAGCAAGUAGGCUCUAUAAAAGAGAGGUAUGAUCACCGUCUGAUGCUGAAACAUCUUCCUCAAGAGUUUAACAUCUUUCUAGACCAUAUUUCUUCUUUAGACUAUUUUACUAAACCUGAUUACCAGCUUCUCAUGUCCGUUUUUGAUAACAGUAUGAAGAAUUUUGGGGUGACAGAGAGUGAUCUGUUUGAUUGGGAAAAGAGUGGGGCUGAUGGUUCUCUCACUACUACCACUACUUCAGCUACUCCUCAACUGCAUACUCGACUGACCCCAGCUGCUAUAGGAAUUGCCAAUGCCACGCCAAUACCAGGAGAUUUAUUACGAGAGAAUACAGAUGAAGUAUUUCCUGAUGAACAACUCAGUGAUGGUGAGAAUGGCAUCCCUAUUGGAAUCUCACCAGAGAAGUUACCAGAGUCCCCUGGACAUCGUCUUCAGGAAAAGGAUGUGUGGGAAGAAAUGGAUGCUAACAGGAAUAAAAUUAAAUUGGGUAUACAUAAAGCUACUACAGAAGAAGAAAACAGUCACGGGCCAAUGAAUGGACUGUUUAAUGCACCAAGUCUUGGUUCGCCAAUUAGAGUCCGUUCAGAGACCACACAGCCAGAUCGGGAUGUUCCUCUGGUACGAAAGUUACGAUCAAUCCACAGUUUUGAACUGGAGAAGCGCCUGACUUUGGAGUCAAAGCCAGAUGCAGACAAAUUUCUGGAAAUCUGCUUGGAAAAAAAGAAAAGAGAUCUUAAUGGUGGCAAAGAACCUGUAAUUCCAACUUCUCAGAAAACACGUGCUCCUGCUGCUGCUUCCUGUCAGGAACAUGUCUGGCAUUAUGAUGAAGAGUAUCUGCCUGAAGCUUCCAAGCUGGGUUCAGGUCCAUCUCCAGAACAGGGUGAUGGGGGUGUUAGCAACGGAUACGUCGCUGUUAAUUUGAAUUCUUGCCAGCAGGAAGUAGAUUCUAAGGAAUGGGUGAUUGUUGAUAAAGAGCAGGACCUUCAGGAUUUCAGAACUAAUGGUGCUACAGGGCAUAAAACAACUGGAAGUCCUUCUGAUGAAGAACCUGAGGUACUCCAGGAUUUUGAAGAGUCCCCCCAAGAGGAUAAACUUGGACUUCAAACCAAGCGUACACCUAAUGGAGCAGCAGUUAAUUUAGGUGCUGAAUGUUGUGGAAUUGCAGCUUCUGAACAGUUUACAGAUCAACUAGAACUCCCAGUUGGAAUUACUGGCCAUGCUCUUGCUGUCACGCCCACAAGCCUAAUGGAGGCACAAGCAGAAGGGGCUCUUACUCCACUCAGCUCAUUUCAUAUGUCGCAUUUCUCCAUCCCACGAAUUUCAAGCCCCAACAUCUUCUGCACCCUGAACCCUAUAUCCCACUUCAUCACCCACAUGGAUCCUAAGAAAGUGACAAGCUUUCCAAGGAGUCAAUCAGCAGAGAGCCAUUCCUCCUCUUCCUGGUCACCUUCCCGUAGGCAACUUCCUGUUAUUCCCUCUGGAAACAAGUUUCCCCCUGUCAUUCACAUCUCAAAAGCACAACUCCAGCAGGUUACAAUCCCCAGGCCAUCAAUGGCAUCUACACAGUCUACUUCUGAGAGUUUUCAUUUUGGGCAGCAUCUAGACAAGAAAGAUCGGGAUCCUCGGGUUUUGGAACAUACAAAUGAACUUUCCUCCCCUAAGGAGAAUGUUGCUGCCUUGGUUGAGGCAAAUGGUGCAUUGACGUUUAGCAGCAGUAGAACAGAUUUAAUUCUCAAAUUAGAUUGCAACCAAGGGACACUUGAUAAAGAUGUUGUUGAAGGCAUAGAAAAUCAGAAAAACAGCCAAACAAAUUUACUUGAACAAUACAUGAAGAAACAAGAAGGAAGGGAAAGCGUGAAUCUUGUUGAAGGAAUAGAAGACAAAGAACCUUUUGUUGCUUGUGAAGAUGCUGUUGAAAUACAAAUUAAGGAACCGUACUUAACUGCUUCAAGAAGCACAGAAUCUGUUUUGGAUGGACCUCAGGUUAUUACAGAUCCAGAAGAACCAAGACCUUUGGCCAGCUGCUCCUUACUAAAUCAGGGUACAAAACAGGAGUUACAGAAACAGUCAGCUGCAGAAACAUCAGACGUUUCUCUGUCAAGAAGCACUGACCUAUUUGCUUACAAACAGGAAAGUCAAGAAAUACAAGUGCAUGAAAAUGGCUUCCAUGAUGAGGAUAUUGAUCAUGCUAAGGAAUUGCAAUGCCAGCAAGUGAAACUUGCCACACUUUUGAAUGAAAAGGAAAAAGAAGAGCAAAGUAUUCAAAGAAAUGGAGAACUAUUCUAUUCUAUUUCAGAGACUGAAACUUCUAGUCAGUCCAAAAAAGAAUUAGUUAGAUCUCCAUUUGUAGCUAGGCAGAGUCGCAUACCAGUUUUAGCACAAGAUAUAGAUUCCUCAUCAGAAUCUUCUCCUGUUUCAGCAAAGGAGAAGCUACUUCUAAAAAAGGCCCACCAAACAGACUUGGUUAGACUACUGGUAGAAAAGAGACAGCUCAGAACUUUUCUGGGUGACCUUUCAAGUGCCUCCGACAAGUCACUGACAGAAACAGCAGUAGCAGGUCCCAUACCAUUUUCAGAAGAUGUAUUGACCUCCUUUUCGAAAUUAACAUUGGACACUCAUUUGCAGAGUCAAGUACAAGAGAGCUUUUUGUCAUCAGAUAACCCUCAACCCAGAAAAAGCAAAAUACCAAGACCUGUAUCUUGGACUACUACAGAUAAUAUUAGCAGUUCAAACUCAGCUCAGUUUUUUCCUCGGCCACCCCCAGGAAGGCCACCAACAAGGCCUGGAGUAGAAGUUAGGUUGCGGAGGUACAAAGUGCUAGGAAGUAGCAGUUCUGAUUCAGACCUGAUCUCCCGCCUGGCUCAGAUCCUUCAGAAUGGAUCUCAAAAACCACGAAGCCCUUCACAGUCUAAGAGUCCAGGAUCUCCACAUAGCCCCAAGACUCCACCCAAAAGCCCAGUCAUUCCCAGACGCAGUCCCAGUGCCUCCCCUAGGAGCUCUUCUCUGCCCCGUACUGCCAGUUCUUCACCAUCUCGGGGUGGAAGGCCACACCAUGAGCAGAGAAGUUCAUCCCCACAUCUUGGAAGGAGUAAAUCGCCUCCUAGUCUUUCAGGUUCUUCAUCUUCCAGGAGAUCCUGUCAACAAGAGCACUGCUACAACAAAUCGAGCAAAAACGGUCUGAAAGGAUCUAGUACCUCUUGCCAUCACUCUUCUAGCAUUAAACCUCCCACUGGGAAGAACAAAUCAGCCAGUAAACUUAGCAGAUAGGAACUGAAUCUUGUCAGGUGUCAACCCCCCUCUCCAUUCAAUCUAAUGCAUGUUGUGUCUGUGUACUAUGUAUUUUAAAAAAAACGGGACCGCCUUCAAAGAUUAGCAUUUAUCCUGACUUUCAGAGAAAAACAACUUUUAAGAUGAAUUAUUUAUAUGGCUCACUUUGUAUAGGAGUGGCCAGGCAUUGCCCAGGAAAGGGCAGCAAGCAGAUCAGGGAAGCUGGAGAGUGGAGAUGGAACAGCCAGAAAGUCCAUCUGGAAUCACAUUGUUUGGGAGAUUAGUGUUUUAAUAUGAUUUUUCUUUCCUUUUUAUUUAUUAAAACAAUAAGCUGACUCUAGAUUUUCAUCAAGGAAAAUUAUAAAACCUGAAAG